AUGAGCUGGGGAUUUCUCCGCGAUAUUCUAAGUGGGGUGAAUAAAUAUUCAACGGGAAUCGGCAGAAUUUGGCUGGCGAUUGUGUUCAUAUUCCGUCUCCUUGUCUAUGUUGUGGCUGCAGAACACGUCUGGAAGGACGAACAGAAGGAGUUUGAGUGCAACAUCAAGCAACCUGGCUGCGAAAAUGUCUGCUUUGAUCACUUUUUCCCCGUUUCCCAAGUCAGGCUUUGGGCCUUGCAACUGAUCAUGGUCUCCACCCCAUCCCUUCUUGUCGUUCUCCACGUUGCUUAUCGUGAAAAUAGGGAAAAGAGACACAGAACAAAACUCUAUAAGGACCCAGGGAGUAUGGAUGGCGGAUUGCUAUGCACCUAUCUCAUCAGCCUCCUUUCCAAAACAGGAUUUGAAAUUGGUUUCCUCUUUUUGUUCUACAAGCUCUAUGGUGGGUUCAAUGUCCCCCGCCUUGUGAAAUGUAACAUGAGCCCAUGUCCCAACACUGUUGACUGUUACAUAUCCAAGCCCACUGAGAAGAAAGUCUUCCUCUAUAUUGUGGUGGUGACUUCUUGCUUGUGCAUCGUCUUAAAUGUCAUUGAGUUCAGCUAUUUGAUUUUCAAAUAUUCCAUCAAAUGUUGCUUCAAGAAUUAUAUCAAGAAGGCUCAAGACUCCAAAAGUGAGCAGAAGAAGUUGAAUUCUACAGAUCACAAUGGGACAGUCUUGUAUUUUGGGAGUGAUUUGGACACCGUCUUUGAUAUCCAUGGAACAGAAGUAAAAACCCAGCCCAGCAGCCAACAUGAAGAAUAAAUGCACAUGAAAAAAAGAAAACAUGUUGAUGACUUUAAAAAUGAACACUGAGAAAAUACCAUGACAGCUUGAGGACUUUAAGCUGUAGGCUAUUCCCCCUACAAAUGAAGUUAUUUAAGGUUCACAAUAUUAAGGAGCCAGUGUGAUGUAGUAGUUUGAGCACUGGAGUAGGACACUGGAGAUGAGGGUUGAUUCCUGCUCAACCACUGAAAACUAUUGGGUGACUUUGGCCAAGGCACACACUCUCAGCCUCAGAGGAAGGCAAAAGCAACCCCUCCCAAUAUAUCUUGCUGGGAAAACUUUGUGAUAAGGUCACUAUCAGUUGGAAAUGUCUUGAAAACACACAGCAGAAGUAGUGAUUCCCCUAAAUCAAUGUGUAAACAUUUGAUGCAUAUGAUAAAAACAUUGAAAAGGCCAGUAAUUUAGGCAUCUGCUUCCAUUUCAAAGAGUUCUCUUGUCUUAAAAGGUUUAAGAAGCCACCCUAUUGAGAUUUCCUCUCUUUUUUCUCCAGGAAUAGAAAGCUGACAGUUCCUGCUGGUGGACCAUUGGCUUCCACAUCAUGAGUUGGGGCCUUCUCUGUGACACUCAGGGGUCUCCAAAUUUUUGCAAUGGAAGCUCCUGCAUUCUCCUCUUACUACAAAUGUCAGGGGUUCCUGAUACGUUCUUUAAGAGAAGUGUAUAGCACUGUACGUGCAAGCUUUAUUGGAUGGUAAAGGAACCCACUUCUCUCCUCGAGGGGCAUUACUAAAGGGGCAGAAGGUCCUACACAACCACCUGUCCCACACCAGUGUG